AUGAAUUUGGUAUUUGCUGAAAUAUUUAAAGAAAGUCCUAUUUUUGAAAGAAUAUCUGAAGAGGCAGUUCGGAUUCAACAACAGCAAAAACAGCAACAACAAUUACAACAACAACAACAACAACAACAAGAACAACAACAACAACAACAACAACAACAAAAUCAACAAUUACAACAACAACUACAACAACUACAACAACAACAAAAUCAACAAUUACAACAACAACUACAACAACUACUACAACAACAAAAUCAACAACAACAACAAUUACAACAACAACAACAACAAAUACAACAACAACAAAUACAACAACAACAAGAACAACUACAACAAGAACAACAAGAACAACAACAACUAGAACAACAACUACAACGACAAUUACAACAGCACCGAUACGAAUUAUCCCAAAUCUAUUAUGUUGUUGUUUUUGAUGCCAGAAUCAAAUAUAAACCCGAUUUUUAUCAAUGCUUCAUAUUUUACAGUAAAACAAAUUUAUGUUCUUUAUUCACUGAAUUGGGAUCAAAAGAAGUGAUUAAAUCAAUAUAA